GAUGACGUAGAACGUCCUGUGGUGUCGCGAUGGAUGGUGGCCGCCAUCUUACAGCCUGUGGUUCAUGUAUGGUUUAGUUGUUAUACCAUAUCGUUACGCGGAGCACACCGGCAUUAUCGGCGGAGACUUUAAGUACAUUCGCUGUCCUGCAGGUCUUGUAUACGGCAUAGGAAGCGAGCAAGCCAGCAACUUGCCUGUGUGUUUUAGUUCUCCCAUCAGCUCUCCGACCCCAGGAGAGGCACGAACAUGAUAAUAGAGGACUUCGAGGCGCUGAAGAACUGGCUCUCUAAGACCUUGGAACCCAUUUGUGAUGCUGAUCCAUCGGCUCUUGCAAAAUAUGUUCUUGCGUUGGUGAAAAAGGAUAAAAAUGAUCGAGAACUGAAGGCGCUGUGCAUAGAUCAGCUCGAUGUUUUUCUUCAAAGAGAAACCCAGGGCUUUGUGGAUAAAUUAUUUGAAGCUGUGAACACCAAGAGUUACCUCCCACCUCCUGAGCCUACAUCAACAGUCACUGUAAGAGAAGAUGCAUUAGAACAUCAAGAAAGAGAAGUGAGGAGAGAAGAGCCUAGAGAUGACGAAAGGGAAAGAAGAGGCUCAAGAAGAGCUAAUCAUAGUCCUCAGCCUUCGAGUACUCGUCAUAGAGAUAGCAGAGAAAACAACCGAAGACGAAGCAAUUCUGAUAGAGAGAACAACUCCGCUCAAAACUCUUUUAGAUCUGGAGGACAGGAAACAAAACAAGAUGUUGACACUACAUCAUCACGUGUAGGAGGUAGCAAAGUACAGAGUUCAAAAACGACAAGAAGUAGAGAUGACCGUAAAAAAGAUGACCGUUCUCGAAAACGAGAGUAUGAUCGGAAUAUGCCUCGCCGAGACUCCUACAGGGACCGGUACAAUAGAAGAAGAGGCAGAAGUCGCAGCUUCAGCCGAAGUCGCAGUCGCAGCUGGAGUAAAGAACGGCCUCGCGAUAGAGACAGAAGCCGCAGCAGAACAAGGAGUCGGACUAGGAGCAGAGAUAAAGAUUCAGGAAAACCAAAAUAUGAUCUUGAUCGAGCAGAAGCAUCAGACAGUAACUAUCAGGCGGGCUCCUCCAUUCCUUCCCACAUUGGGCCAGCUCAUUACCCUGUUCCAACACUUAGUAGCACGAUUACAGUAAUUGCACCAUCACAUCAUGGCAACAACGCAGCUGAAAACUGGCCAGAAUUCCAUGAAGACCAAGUGGACCACAGCACUUAUGGAAGACCUCCCAUUCCCAAGAAGCGCUGCAGAGAUUAUGAUGAAAAAGGAUUUUGUAUGAGAGGGGAUAUGUGUCCAUUUGACCAUGGUAGUGAUCCCGUGGUGGUUGAAGAUGUUAAUCUACCUGGAAUUUUGCCAUUCCCAGCACAGCCAACUGUUGUAGAUGGACCACCCCCACCAGGACUUCCUCCCCCACCCCCUCUUCUUACUCCUCCUCCAGUAAAUUUACGACCUCCAGUUCCUCCGCCAGGUCCUCUGCCACCCAGCCUUCCACCGGUAUCAGGCCCACCACCUCCGCUUCCGCCAUUGCAACCUUCCGGCAUGGAUGCUCCCCCAAACUCUGCCACUAGCUCAGUUCCUACUGUUGUGACUACUGGAAUUCGCCAUCCCCCUCCCCCUGGGGCCCCACCUCCCCUCUUCUCGUCUGUUGGGCCUAUUCCUUUGUUCCCAGAAACAUAUGAAGCUGAUGGUUACAAUCCAGAAGCCCCAAGCAUGACAAGCUCUUCUCGACCUGUGUACAGACAUCGUGUACAUGCACAGAGACCUAAUUUAAUAGGCUUAACUUCAGGAGACAUGGAUUUGCCACCUAGAGAAAAACCUGCCAAUGGUAAUAUCAGGAUUGUUGUGGAAUCUGAAUCCAGGAAAAGGAAUCUGCCACCUGCAGAAACUGGGAUGCCUCUAAAAAAACCCUGGUUUGACAAACAAAACUUCAAUAGGGGGAACCCCCCCAACUUUCCAAAAAAGGUUCCAUUUCCAAGUGAGAAUACCAAGCUGGAGUUGAGGAGAGUUCCUUCAGAGAUGAACAACAUUAGCAGACUAAAUGAACAUUUCAGUAAAUUUGGAACACUGGUGAAUUUGCAGGUUGCUUAUGGAGGAGAUCCAGAAGGUGCUCUAAUUCAGUUUGCAACACAUGCAGAAGCAAAGGCAGCCAUCUCAAGCACAGAAGCAGUUUUGAAUAACCGGUUUAUUAAGAUGUAUUGGCACAGAGAAGGAACUUCUCCACAAAUACAAGCGCCAACAUCUACAAAGGUUGGUCUUCUGAAUGUUCAGCCUCCUAAUUUGCCAAUUAAGCAGUCUAUAAAAGAGCGCCUAGGACCUGUCCGUUCCAAUGAUGCCGAACCAGCAGAGGGCCAAAGUGCUAACGUGGAGGCAGUACAGACUGUAACCAAAGUACCAAUAAAGGAGAGGCUGGGUUUUAUUGCGAAGCACACUACAACCACUGAAAAGGUUUUAUCCACCUCUACCGGGCUUACAAAAACGGUUUACAACCCGGACGCUUUAAAAGCUAUUCAGAAAUCUGUUGCCUAUACCGCAGCAGUUGACCGCAAUGAAGCACAGAAAAAGAAACGGGAAGCACUAAAACUUCAGCAAGAUGUAAGGAAGAAAAAGCAGGAGAUUUUGGAAAUACACAUUGAGACACAGAAGAUGCUUAUCUCAAGACUUGAGAAAAAUAAAACCAUUAAGGCAGAGGACAAAGCAGAAAUCUUGAAAACUCUGGAAACAUUGUCCAAUAGCAUUACAAAAUUAAGAGAUGAACUAAAGGCUGUGUCAUCUACAGGAACUGCUCUCAAGAAUAGAAGUAAAACACAGAUGCAGAAAGAGCUCCUUGACACUGAACUCGACUUGUACAAGAAAAUUCAGGCAGGUGAAGAUGUUGCUGAGUUGAGGAGAAGAUACACAGAGUUACAACUUGAGGCUGCAAAACGGGGCAUCUUGUCUUCUGGGCGUGGAAGAGGGGGGCACAUGAGGGGAAGGGGAAUGGCACGUGGAAGAGGAAGAGGGAGAGGGCGAGGGAGAGGAAUCCCAGUUCAUUCCAUGUUAGAUCAUCGGCCAAGAGCUCUGGAGAUAUUUGGGUUCAGUGAAGGUGACAGGGAAGAUCUUCUUCCUCACUUUGCACAAUAUGGAGAAAUUGAAGACUGUAAAAUAGAUGACUCCUCUCGUCAUGCAAUAAUUACCUUCAAAACCAGAGCAGAAGCAGAGGCAGCUGCAGUCCAUGGAGCACAUUUCAAAGGGCAGGACUUAAAGUUAGGGUGGCAUAAACCUUUACCUAAUGCCUGCAUCACAGAGGUGGAAGAUGCAGAGCAAGAGGAGGAAGAAUUUCAGGAAGACUCUGUUGUGGAUGACUCUUUACUGCAGGAUGAUGAUGAAGAGGAAGAGGACAAUGAAUCUCGAUCUUGGAGAAGAUAAAUGAGCUCACCUAAAACUCGGCUUGUAAACGUUACAUCUGAUGUUGAGAUCACCUAAUGCGCUUUUCCAUAGGACGUUUUCCGCAUGUCUGUGUGAACAUAUAUAGUGGACGCUUGGUUUAUAAAGCUCAUCUAAGACUUGAAAGACUUCCGUUGUCACAUUUCAGUUAAUGGUUGCUUAAUGCAAUAUAAUACACAUAUGCAACAUUUAUUAGCACACUUUUGCUGGGUGUACAAUUUUGGUUUAAUUUGUAAUUUAAAAAAAAAAAAAAA